UGAUGGAGUAACCCUCCAACAUGUGUUGUUGUUAUUGAUCUUGUUGUUCAGCCAAAGAACAAGGUUCGGUCCUUAUCCAUGCAGCUUCAUCCAGUUUUAUGGGCUCAGUUGUCAGACCAUUCGUUGGAUUGACCAUCCCCAACAUGAAGUUUAUCGAUAUCGGAGCCAACCUCACCGAUUUGAUGUAUACGGGAUGGUACAACGGAUCCCAGAAGCACGAACCCGAUUUGGACGCUGUUUUAGAGCGAAGUUGGAGAUCCGGUGUGGACAAACUCAUUAUCACGGGCGGAAACGCCCAAGAGAGUACUAAGGCCGCGGCCAUGGCCCAAACCAAUGACAAGCUUUAUUGCACCGUUGGUUGUCACCCCACGCGUUGUGGCGAGUUUGAGAGCCAUCCCGAGGGUCCGGAGGCCUACAUGUCCGAGUUAGAGCAGAUCAUUGCCCAGAACCGAGAGCGAGUCUUGGCCUAUGGCGAAUUUGGACUCGACUAUCAACGUCUCAAUUUUUGCCCUAAAGACAUUCAGCUCAAAUACUUCGAGAAGCAGCUGGAAGCUUGCGAAAAAUUGAAACUGCCCAUGUUCCUUCAUUGUCGGGAUGCGGCUGAGGAUCUCACGAGAAUCUUAACUAAAUUUGAAGGCCGUCUCCAAGGGGGAGUAGUGCAUAGUUUUGAUGGCACGUGGGACGAGGCGGAGAAGAUCAUGGGACUUGGAUACUUCAUUGGCCUCAAUGGCUGCUCUUUGAGAACCCCAGACAAUCUCGAAGUUGUCAAGCGCUUGCCCGUGAAUCGGCUCAUGAUUGAGACUGAUUGUCCUUGGUGCGAGAUCCGUCCGAGUCAUCCUGGAUACAAGCUCAUUCAAACACGAUAUGAUGAACAAUAUCCAAGUGUGAAGAAGGAAAAAUGGAAACCGGGGUCAAUGGUCAAAAGCCGAAACGAGCCAUGCAAUAUCGUACAAGUGCUGGAAGUCAUUGCAGCCGUCAAAGAAAUGAACCCGGUGGAAUUGAGCACAAUCAUUUAUUUCAAUACGUCCAACAUGUUUUUUUCGCAAUAAAUCGCUGGAUGCCAACCCAUAA